UAUACCCGACUCAUCUCCUUCUCCACUCUCCUCGUUUCGAUGUGGGACUAUUUUCCCAUCCUUUUCAUUCUACCCUCUCGCUUUCUUCUCUACCUUUACGCUACCCUUUCUCUAUUCCUCUUUUCCCGCUGCUGCUGGCUACUGAGCGCGCCAUGUUGAGGAGAAGAGGACUCUUUUCCUCUUCCCCUCUCCCCAUAGUUUCUUCUCUCUUCUUCUCCUUCUCCUCCUCCUCCUCCUCCUCCUGUUGCUAUUCUUCGUGCAAGCGGACGCUACCUUCUCUCCCUUCUCUGAGACCGCCCGUCCCCAAGAAGAUCCCCUUUGCCGCCUCCGCCCACGGGAGGAACUGGGAGGAUCCGUACCGUUGGAUGUCCAACACCGACGACCCGGAUCUCCUCGACCAUCUGAACCGGGAGAAUGCCUACGCCGAGGCCGUCAUGGCUGACACCCGCGAUCUCCAGCGGCGGCUGGUCGCCGAGAUGAAGGCCCGGAUGCCGCCCACUCUCUCCACCCCCCCGGAGCGAUGGGGUCCUUGGUUAUAUUAUCAAUACAUCCCUGAGGGGAAGGAAUAUCCUGUUCUGUAUCGGAGGCUUAGUCAUUCUGAUGGUUUCGCAAAAGCAUUCCUCAAUUACAUGAGAGGCUUCGGGAAGGAGGAAAUGCUGCUUGAUUGGAAUGAAGUUGCAGAAAAAUAUGGUUAUGUUCAUAUAGGGACUUGUCGAAUUUCUCCAGAUCACAAGUUCCUUGCUUAUACACUGGACACUUCUGGUAGUGAAUUGUUUGUACUUCACAUUAAAGAUCUUAGAACUGGACAUAUCAUUGCAAGUCCCAGAGUAGAGGGGAUUGUUAGCUUGGCAUGGGCUAAGGAUUGCAGUUGUUUGUUGUAUACUGUUUGCGAUGAAACUCAGAGGCCUAACAGGGUUUUUUGCACAAAAUUGCGGUCAGAUGAAGCAGAUGAUCUGCUAUUUACUGAAAACGAUGCAAGUUGCUGUGUGGACAUUGCAAGCACAAAAGAUGGCAAGUUUAUCACAAUCAAUUCUAACUCAAGGACGUCAUCUGAGGUUUAUGUGAUUGAUGCAACGAAUGUAAAAGAUGGCCUUUGGCCAGUUAGGAAACGUGUUCCUGGUGUGCAAUAUUUUUUGGAACACCACUAUGGUUUUUUCUAUAUUCUUACUAAUGCUCCUCGAGGAGACAUGGUAUCAACUGUUGGAAGCUAUUAUUUAGCUAGAUGCAGAGCUGAGAAAUCUCUGCUGGCAGGAUGGCAGGCUAUUGUUCUACCAGGUGAGGGCAUCACCUUUCAAGACAUGGACAUCUUCCAUGGACAUUUAGUGCUUUUUCUUCACCAGAAGGGGAUUCCUGUAUUUUGUUCCGUAAAUCUGCCAGUUGAUGUCAAUAUCAAGCAAGCAAUAAAGAUCGAGGAUCUCAAUCCAUGGUUUUUCCCAGUACCCUCAAGCCUAUGCAGUAUUGUUCCUGGUUCAAACCAUGAUUUCAUGUCAUCUACUUACCGUGUUGUGAUAUCUUCACCAGUGAUGCCCGAUGUAAUGGUUGACUACAAUAUGGAAAAGCAGACAUUCAGAAUCAUACAUCGGGACGAAGUAGUGGGCUUUACUAACAAUACUCAGGCAAAUUCUUCGUCUGAGAAUUUGCUUUCAAAUCUUUUGAGCAUUCAGUCUCACAGCAACCAGCAUUUGCAAAAUGUAGAAGAUUCACAUAAGUGGAAUGAUCUUUCUGAGUCAUUUUGCUGUGAAAGGGGGGAAGUCAUUUCAUAUGAUGGUGUUCUGGUUCCCCUAACCAUUUUGUAUUCUCGGCAAGCAAAAAAUACUGGUCAAUCACCUGGGCUCUUGCAUGGAUACGGUGCUUAUGGAGAAGUUUUAGAUAAAAGCUGGUGCUCUGAUCACAUAAGCUUGCUCUCUCGAGGUUGGGUUCUUGCUUAUGCUGAUGUCAGGGGUGGAGGAGGCGAUGCGUCAUGGCAUCAGGCUGGCACCAGAUCAUGCAAGCUAAACUCAAUUAAGGAUUUUGCUGCAUGUGGCAUGUAUCUUGUCAAGGAGGGUUUUGUUCAUAAAAAUCGGCUUGGUGCUAUUGGCUGCAGUGCAGGAGGCCUUCUGGUUGGUGCAGCUAUCAAUAUGUACCCUGACUUGUUUUGUGCUGCCAUUUUGAAGGUUCCAUUUCUUGAUAUCUGCAACACAAUGUUGGAUCGCAGUUUACCUCUCACCAUUUUGGAUUAUGAUGAGUUUGGUGACCCUAGAAACCAAGAUGACUAUGAGAUGAUUCGCAGUUAUUCUCCAUAUGAUAACAUAUCUCCACAUGUUUGUUAUCCUUCAGUGCUAGUUACAGCAUCAAUUCAUGACUCAAGGGUAGGAGUCUGGGAAGCCGCUAAAUGGGUCGCAAAAGUGAGAGAUAACACAUGCCCCACUUGUUCACGUUCCGUCAUUCUGAAGUCGAACAUGAGUGGUGGACAUUUUGCUGAGGGUGGCCGUUUCAUACAUUGUGAUGAUGCAGCUUUUGAGUAUGCAUUUCUAAUUAAAGCAAUGGGACUGCUUCAAGAUGAGAAGCAAGCCUGACUCCUUAAGAUAAGACUUUGUUAUUCCUCAUCAUUGGAAAGAUGGUGUUUGGGCUACUGAAACUGAAAAUGCUUGCUCAAUCUUUAUCUGCAAGUAAUUGCUUCCCUUUCUGUGAAAUGUAGAUGCUUGUCCGAUUGCUUGAGACAGAAAGUAUACCACAUUUGUAUGUUUUAAAGGCAACAUUGGUGCAUGCGACUCACUCGACUGCUUUGGGGGCAGGGGUUUUAGGCACAACGACUUUACCAUUACUUUUAGAUGUGCUGUGCUACAUUUCCAUGCAUAACCGAUUCUCUCAUGUUUCCUGUACUAAAUUAAGAGUCUUUAAAUGUUGUUCAUCAUAUUUAAGUACAUUAUGACCACUAGGUGACAGCUUGAAAUCUUUUCUAUGACCUUACUCCAUUUUAUGGGUCUUCGAAUUAA